AAAACAACGUGAAACAAAUCUAUUUAGAUUAUUUAAAUGAAUUAAUACAAAUAAUUAAUCAAAUUCAAAUUGAUUAUAAAUCUCAUCAAUUAACUGAUGAAAAUGAAAUAAAUAAUUUAAAACAACUUCAUGAAUUUCAUACAUUACUUUUAUCAAAACAUGAUUUAAUUGAACAUUUAAAUUCAAAUGAAUUUAUUUGA